UGCUACAGAAAAAAUGUUUAUAAUCCGUUGUUUUUUUAAAAGUUGAUUAUUUGCUACUUUGCCAUGGUGAAGCACUGUUCGUUUGGGACGUGUAAAUCCGAUAGCAGGUAUCAAGAUAAGCUGAUGGGAGCAAAAUUCAUUCCAUUUCCCAAGCCGAAAUCUGAUUUACAAAAAUGCCUGCGAUGGAUUUCCCUGUGUAGACGACCUCACGAUCAGCUUAAUGUUGACAAAAUUACGAAACAUACGACUACGUAUAUAUGUUCAAAGCAUUUCAUUUCAAUAGAUGGCCCAUCUGAUGACUAUCCAGAUCCAUGUGAUGCACAAACUGGUGAACUAAGGAGAUCAAGACGGAAAAUAGUAUACAUGUCUCAUCAGUCCAAUGAGUUGACAGACUUUUCUACCAGCAGUGGCAGUUUAGAACCUCCUCCACACAGAGAUUCUGCCUUACAUUAUGAUGUUGCCUGUCAAACAGAAGAAGAAUUGUUCUCAUCCAUGGAAAUGUUUUCCCUUGCAUCAAGAAUACGGCAACUUGAGGAAGAAAAUGAAAGACUAAGAAAAGAAAUCGAUUCGAAAGUAAAGGAAGUUGCAGCAGAGGUCGCCGAUGGUUCCUGUCAAACAGAAAGGGAUACCCCUUUUACUCCUGAUGAUGUAUCAAAGUCAAAAAUUAAGAACUUAUUUGAAUUUUAUACUGGGUUAACAUUUUCAAGAUUUUUAAUGCUAUUUGCAUUUCUGUUUCCAUGUAAAGACACAAACCCAAUCGUCUAUGAGGAGAAAAGGAAAGAAGCUCAAAUGGACAGAUUUCCUUUGUCACAACAAGUGUUUAUGUAUUUGUGUCGACUUAGAAAUGGUUUACAUGUUAAAGAUCUGGCAUUUAGAUUUAAUGUAAAAGUUCAGACAGUGUCAACAGUUGUAAAUGGAGUGGCCAAGUAUAUGUAUUUAAGAUUAGGCUCACUAAGCUACUGGCCUCAUCGAAAUGUCAUUGUAGAUAAUAUGCCAGAAUCAUUUAAAAUAGAAUUUCCAACUUGUUUAGCCAUUUUAGAUUGUACUGAAUUGAAGACAGAGAAGCCAUCAUCUCUGAAACAACAAAGUCAGUGUUACUCAGACUACAAAUCCUCUAAUACAUUGAAAGGUCUUGUUGUAUGUGACCCUAGGGGUUCAGUUUUAUUUGUGUCAGAUUUGUAUUCUGGAAGUAUUUCUGAUAAUGAUAUUAUGGAACAGUGUGGUUUUUAUGACUUUUUAAGGCACUUGAAAGAAAAAGAAUUUAUCUUGUCUAAUGAUGCCUUAAUGGCAGACAAAGGUUUCCUUAUUGAAAAGGAGUUGGCUCUACUAGACCUAAGGUUAAAUAUCCCCCUUUAGCAUCAAGUGCAAAAUCACUUAGUGCAGGUGAAGUAAAUCUUACUAGACAAAUUGCAUCUCAUAGGAUACAUAUUGAACGAGCAAUAAAUCAAAUUAAAUGUUUUAAGUUACUAAAGAGAAAAAUUCCUGUAAGUAUGUUUAAAUGUAUCAAUGCACACUGGUUUGUUGCAGCAAUACUGACAAAUUUUCAAGACACUUUAGUAAAAGUGUAAAAAAUAAAAAAAAAUAAAUAAAUAAAAAGGGAAUAUA